CAUCGGCGACUUCACACCUGCCUGCCCACCUGGCCAACGCCCCCUAUUUACAAAAAUUGCGGCAAGCAGUGCUGUUGAACGGAUCGAUCGAUCGAGAUCAGACCAAGCAGUUUUGGAUAAAGUCUCAACUUUCAUCGGCUCACGUUGAUCGGCUGGCACAAUGACCGACUUGGAGUCCCCGAAGAACGGCAAACACCUGGACCAGGUGCACCACAACAACAACGAACUCACGGAGAGUGAACCACUCACCUGGCGAUUCUGGCGUAAACAGCGCUACAUUGUGGUUCUCUUGGCCUUCUUCGGAUUCUUCAAUGUCUACUCUUUGCGGGUCAACCUUUCGGUGGCCAUUGUGGCUAUGACUGAGAAUCGAACAGUGUUCGAUGCCGAUGGAAAUGUGUCCUAUGUCCAGGACUUUCCCUGGGACUCCAAGCAGAAGGGCUUGAUCCUCAGCUCUUUCUUCUAUGGUUACAUCCUGACCCAGUUCCUCGGCGGCUACAUUGGCACCAAGAUCGGUGGCAACCUUGUCUUUGGAACUGGCAUUGGUAGCACUGCCAUUCUGACGUUGCUCACCCCGUUGGCUGCCUCACACAGUUUGGAGAUGUUCCUGGCCGUCCGCAUCAUUGAGGGCUUCUUCGAGGGCGUAACCUUCCCCGGAAUCCAUGCGGUGUGGGCCCGGUGGUCACCACCCUUGGAAAGAUCCCGAAUGGCUUCGAUAGCAUUUGCUGGAAAUUAUGCAGGAACUGUAGUGGCGAUGCCAUGCUCUGGAUUUUUGGCCACUAAAUAUGGAUGGCAAAGCGUGUUCUACGUAUUUGGUACUAUUGGCGUUAUCUGGUACAUCACGUGGCUCAUUUUUGUUAAGGCUGGACCCGAGCUGGAUCGCUUCUGCUCGAAGGAGGAGUGCGAAUACAUACAAAAGUCCAUUGGCUAUGUGGGAACCAAGCACAUCAAGCACCCAUGGAGGGCCAUCUUCACGUCGAUGCCUUUCUAUGCCAUCAUGGCCUCGCACUUCUCAGAGAACUGGGGCUUCUACACCUUGCUCACCCAGUUGCCCAGCUUCCUUAGGGAUACCCUUAACUUUGACCUGGGCAAAACAGGCAUCCUUUCGGCAGUGCCUUACCUGGCCAUGGGCAUCCUGCUGGCCGUGUCCGGCUAUUUGGCUGAUUGGCUCCAGGUGAAGGGUAUUUGGACGACCACUCAGGUGAGGCGAAACUUCAACUGUGGAGCCUUCCUGUCCCAGACUGUGUUCAUGAUGCUGACGGCGUAUUUGCUGGAUCCCACGUGGUCGGUAGUGAGUCUGACCAUUGCCGUGGGUCUGGGUGCCUUUGCCUGGUCUGGAUUUGCGGUUAAUCACCUGGAUAUUGCUCCCCAGCAUGCUAGUGUGCUGAUGGGUAUUGGCAACACGUUCGCUACCAUUCCGGGCAUCGUCAGUCCCCUACUGACGGGUUACGUGGUCACCAACCAGACGAGCGAAGAGUGGCGCAUCAUCUUCUUUAUUUCGGCGGGCAUUUACCUCAUCGGCUGCGUCAUCUACUGGUUCUAUUGCUCCGGUGAACUACAGGAAUGGGCCAAAACGCCCGAACAGAAGGCACAGGAGGCUGAGGAGAAGGCCCAACUGCAGUUGACCCAAACUACCGGGUUUGUUAACACAGCCGCCGAAUUGAAGGACUAAGCGUUUUUCGUUUGGCGUCAUCACAUCAUGAAUUUUGUGCUCUAGUAUUUGUCGUUGUUACGUUUUUGUGAUGCUAGCGAUAUGCGCACCAUUGUGUCUAUAUUUAUGUAUGUUAAUCCUUUAGUCUUUCUCGACACUCGCUACGAGUGUUUUUCCGAAUAAACAAGGCAUUUUAUUACAAGUA